AUGGCCAAUGUUUCACCAUCUUCGGGAAAGGUUGAUGAUUUCCUAACCAGCUUAUCUGAAUUGUCCCAACAGAGAUUGAAAGAAGACCAGGAACGGCAGCGACGUUUGCAAAGAAAUGUUGAUGAAUUGAGACUUAAUCUGGCAAAAAAUUCACCUGUAAAGAGGUCUAGGGAACAGAACACACCAGUAUCACCUGCCUCAGGUUUUUCCGGCUCUUAUACGAAUGUGGGUGGGCAAGAGCAGCGUGAAGAGAAGAUUGGGAACAAAGUUCUGGCUAUCAACAGGUCCAAUGGAAAUGAAAAUGGGAUUGACUCAUCAUCGGAAGAAGUAGGCUCGAAAAAGAUACCGCCAGCUAAACCAACGAAGUCUGAUUACUUGAUAUCUAACCCUUCGGGCUUCUCGAUUAACCUAGUUCAACCCGUUGCUCGAAAGCCAAAUGUGUUGUCUUCUGAAUAUAUAAAGCCAAAGCCAAAGCCAACACCUACAAAACAGAUUAGCUUGGGCUCAAAGCAACAUCAGUCUUUCGCAGAUAUAGAAACAAGCAUAAAGAGUGGGCGAAUACUGUCAAAUGCUUUAGGACUUGAUCCUGAACUAGGCAAAGAAGGGUCAAGACCAAGACUUCCUACAAGACCUUCUGAAAGAGUUGAAGAUGACGAUGAAAAGAAACCGAGACUACCAACUCGGCCAACUGAGUAUUCUAGUAAUUCUGAACCUGACUCGGGACCACCACUUCCUAUUAGGCCGAAGAAUGUUGAUGAUGAGAAGAAACCGCUCCUACCACAAAGGCCGUCUCAUUUGUUCUCGAGUAAUCUACCGAAUUCAUCGAAGAACUUUAAAGCGAGCUCUGAGCUGAAACCGAUACGCCCUUCGAAACCAAGCUCUAUUCAGCCAUUGAAAAUCAAUGUUGAUCGGCCAAAAAGAUCUGAAGAUAAGCCCGAAUUUUUGGUCCAAAUCGAAACAAUGAAGAAUUUAAGGCCCAAUUCAGGGACCAGUUCUCAACUUCAUGAAAAGAAACCGUUGAUUUCGGAUAAGAAACCAAAACCGGCCAUUCUGACAUUUGCAGAGAGAGAUAAUGAGAUUCUACUGCGUGCCAAGAUGAAUCUUAGCUCAAAAAAGCCACCGCCAAAGCCGCUGAAGGCAUCAUUGAAACCCUACGAAGAAAAUGAUGCAAAAGAGCUUUUAGAUCAAAAAAACAAGCUAGGUAAAAGUGAAGAUGCAAAAAAUAAUAGGAUAGAACAGCGUUCUGAUGAAACUUCGGGCUCACUAAAUUCUUCAAGGGCCCCAGAUCAUGCCUUAUCCAAAGGUUCUAGGAUACCCACCAAUUACAGUCUACUGAAGGUUCAAACAGAGCCAAAAGUUGGCCCUGAGACUUCUAUUCAUGAUAGAUUAUCCUCCAUUUUAAGAGCGGGAACCGCACCUGAAUUAGCCUCUUCCACAAGAAAGACUCCCGCAGUUGCCAAAUCGGAUCCAACUCCAUUGAAGGAGACGCGGGAGUUGGUGCAUGUGAAUAAAAGUCGCUCAAAGGGCCCAAAACGAAGAUUACCCAAGAGCAUGAAGCCAUCUUCUCUGAAUGAUACCACGAUAAAUAUUAAUCAAACCAUUAAUGAAGAAGAGCAUUUAACAGUUCCUAAAAAGAACAAAAAAGUUCCACCACCAGUAAAUAAGGCUACGAAACCUAAUAGAGCGGACAUAAAGCCCAGAGUAUUCAGUGGAGAGGUUUUCAUAUAG